AUGACUUCUGCUUAUUUUGGAGUCGCUGGUGGUAGUAACGCUGGAGCACAAUCGGCUUACUUUGGAGUUGGCGGCGGGCCGGCCGGAGGUGCGCCGAAAUCUAUGGGAGGUGGUGGCGGUGGAUCCGCACCACCCGGAACAUCGGUCUAUUUGGCGGGACCAAGCGGAGGUGGCGGCGGUGGAGCUACCUCUGCUUACUUCGCAGUUGGAGGAGCACCAGCUGGUGGUGGAGGAGGAAUGUCUGCUUCUGCCCCACCACCGCCAAUGGGUGGAGGAGCUUCGACUAUGACUGCUGUUGGAGGAGCACCUAAAGGAGCAUCGACAAUGACAGCCGUCGGAGGAGCUCCGAUGGGAGGUGGAGCCUCGACCAUGACUGCUGUUGGAGGAGCCCCAGGAGGAGCAUCGACCAUGACUGCUGUUGGAGGAGCCCCAGGAGGAGCAUCGACCAUGACUGCUGUUGGAGGAGCCCCAGGAGGAGCCUCAACCAUGACCGCUGUUGGAGGAGCACCAAAAGGAGCAUCAACUAUGACCGCUGUCGGAGGAGCCCCAAUGGGAGGCGGUGCUUCGACCAUGACCGCUGUCGGAGGAGCCCCAAUGGGAGGCGGUGCUUCGACCAUGACCGCUGUUGGAGGAGCCCCAAUGGGAGGCGGUGCUUCGACCGUGACCGCUGUCGGAGGAGCCCCAAUGGGAGGCGGUGCAUCGACCAUGACCGCUGUCGGAGGAGCCCCGAUGGGAGGAGGAGCGUCGACAAUGACGGCUGUCGGAGGAGCCCCCGGAGGAGCCUCGACAAUGACUGCUGUUGGAGGAGCCCCAGGAGGAGCCUCGACCAUGACGGCUGUUGGAGGAGCUCCCGGAGGAGCCUCGACUAUGACAGCUGUUGGAGGAGCACCAAAAGGAGCCUCGACCAUGACUGCCGUUGGAGGAGCCCCAAUGGGAGGUGGUGCUUCGACCAUGACUGCCGUUGGAGGAGCCCCCGGAGGAGCCUCGACCAUGACUGCUGUUGGAGCCCCAAGAGGAGCUUCCGUGAUGGGAGGAGCUGCUCCACCACCACCAGCUGGAGGCGGCGGUGGCGGCGGCGCCGUUUCUGGAUACUUCGGUGUCUCGCAAGGAGCCAUGGGAGGAGGUGGCGGAGCGACAUCUGCCUACUUCGGAGUUGGAGGUGGCGGUGGCGGUGCCAGCGCGGCUAAGCCAAUGGGCGGAGGUGGCGGCGGAAUUCCAGGACAGUCUGUCUACCUUUCCGGACCAAGCGGUGGCGGUGGAGGUGGCGCUGUUUCGGCCUACUUCGCGCCAAAGUAA